GAGGCUGUAAUGGGUGAAUGGUGACGCAGAUUUGUAUAAUUUAAACCUUAAUCACAUCCGGUUCCUUGUUAUUUCUUCUUUCGAACUAUCUUCUAGCCAGUAAACGUAUUAUCAUACUAAAUAUACUGAUUUGCAUCUAAUGAAACGCCAAACAUGCUUUGAAAAUUUAAUCACUAGUUGAUAACAUGUUAGUCAAUAGGUAAUAUAGAGAAAGGUCAACAUAGGAGAUAAAGUCUUGAAAAAGAGCUACUUUAUAUUACUUUAUGUUGAUAAUAUAUGAACACUUGAUAUAUAUUCCCCCUGUAAACUUUUUGACUCUUGAACAUAUUCUAGUGAUCUUGUCUCCUGAAAAGCAUUGAUAAUGCUUUUUCAUGAUUAAACAAACAAAAUAAAAGGAUUGAUUCUUUAGACACCAUUAAGACUAAUUCCAAAACUUUCUUGACAUUAAAGUGAGGCACCAUUUGGAAAUGAUGCCAAGUACCUUACUUUAAUCCAUCUUUUAUGCUAAAACCAUAAAUUUUCAAAUACCCUUAUCUUGAUACAUCUUGAAGACUCCAAAAAUGGGCAAAGUUUGGGUCGAAAUAUGCUUGAUAUCAGCUAGAGGACUCACACGAACGUCAUCUUUAUGGAAGCUCCAAUGGUUUGCUGUCGGGUGGAUUGAUCCCAACAACAAGUAUUGCACAAAAGUUGAUGCUUCUGGCAAUGCAAAUCCCAUAUGGAGAACAAAGUUUUCUGCUUUGGUCAAUAUUUCGGAUUCUGGAUUUGAAGAUUUGGCCCUUAAUGUGGAAGUUUAUAGCAGAGAUCCCGUCUUUUUGAAAGAAAGACUUCAAGGGACUGCAAGUGUUGGGUUGAAAGAGUUUCUGGAUAAGCACAAGAACAAUUCCGAGGCAUUGAGGAAUGUUGAAGAUGUUGGGAGCUAUCAGCUGAGGAAGAAGAGUUCAAAUAAACAGCAAGGAUUUGUUGAUGUUUCAAUUAGAAUAUCGCCAGAGACAAAUGAGGGUGGUUCAUUUGAAGCUGAUGACGUUGGGAUCAAGCUAAAGAUUCGUGACCAUGAUAUGAACUUGCCACAGAGAAUCCAUUAUUCAGAAAACCAUUUACAGACAAAUUAUACGACCCCUUUGCCACCAGGAUCAAGCUACCAUCAACCUCGAGCUCCACCACCAUUGAAUUAUCCGUCAGCAGGAGGGUUCAACCAUCAACCACAACAUGCUCCUUCACUAGGACCAAACUACCAUCAACCACCACCAUUACCUUAUAAUAGCGGCUAUAUGCCACCAUCAUCUGUGUAUAACUUAGCACCAAGUUACGUCAACAUGCCAUCAUCAUCAGGAGCAAGAGGCGGACCGAGGUCUGGACCUGGUUUUGCAAUGGGGUUGGGUGCGGGAGCACUAGCAGCUGGGGCAGCUAUAUUCGGAGACGACUUCAUUUCAGGCUUUGAUCUUCCUACAAGUUUCACUGUAUCAAACAAUCCUCCUUUCUGACAAACCUUACUUGUAUCAUGUUAUCACUUUGCUACAAUCUUAAUAUACAAGACAAAUCGUUUUACUAUUUUACAAACCAAA